UUUCUUUCAGUUGCAGGCAGUGUGUCCCCAACCAAAGCACAUGGAGCAGAAUUCUUUGCUGUGGCAUCAGGGGUUCAGAUUCCUUAUGUAGGAAGAGAUGAAACUGGACUCAAUGUUAGCAGAAUUAGCACACCUCCAUUUUCUGAAGAAUAUCCCUCAAGACUAGCUUAUAGCUCUUCAGCUCCACUAGCACCACAGCUCUCAAUCCCUCAGCAGCCCAAGGUAUCAACUAAGGGACAGCCCCUAGCCAAACUUGCAGAUGUGUUUUCUCAGUUUCACCCUGUUACUGACAAAAGUAGCAAGGACAUAAGCAAAUCCUAUUUGAAGAAAAUUAGCUCAGGGCUAGCCUUUAAUGAAGAUGUGUUACAUGAUCGUGCACCCCAUACAUUACCUUAUAGGGAGGAUGAAUUGAAUGUUUUAUUCAGAACUGGAGGGUUAAGCCAUGCUAAAGGAAACAUUGUAGGAGUUGUUGGACGACAUGACCCACGCGGUGCUGUAAGAAAGCAUGCUUUGUGCCACUUGAAGGGACCCAGGAAACUUAAACCCUUAAGACGAUCAAAAACAACACCAGCGUCAUGUGUUACAGAUAAAGGAAAGCUCAUUUCAGCAACAUCUAAUGUGAAAGGAUCACUAUCGUCUACAGAUAAAUUGGCAUCAAAACAACCAUCAAAGCAUGAAUGGGAUGAAUUUGUCCUGGCUUGCUUGAGCAAAUCAACAGCUCAGUGGAUUAUAAAUGAACAGUCAUCAGGGAAUGACAAGGAUAGACUUAAAAGCUUUUUUGAAAAAAGGAUCAAGGAAAAAGAAGAUGAGCUACGUGUAGCAUCAGACAAUUCCCUGGCACCAGAUGCAGACAAGAAAACACAGACCUCAGCAAAGAAAGACCCAAAAGCAAAAAAGUCACAGCAAGCCCUAGAAAUUCAUUACACUCCUUCUUUCACUCUUCCUUCUUCUGUAGGGAGCAAGAAACUCGAAAGUGAGAACAUAUUUCAGCAGGAAUUGCUUGGUGGUGCACAACCUGUUCCUUCCAAGAAACCUUCAGAAUCCAGUUAUAUUGUGCUUGAUACCAAUGAGAAACUCAAAUUCAAGAAGCAAUUGCAGGAAAAUUAUCCCAAGGAAUCCAAGGUUUGGUAUUCCAGUGAGAGAACAUCUGGAAAGAAAAAAGUGAGAUCACAACAGAAACCCAAAAAGUUGGUGAAAGGGUUACAACGAUGGCAGGAACUACCAGUAGUUGUACAGGUAUAUGACUGUUGUGGUUCAAAUGUCUUCUAAGUUUAGAAUUUUUUGAUCAGUUUGCUUAUAUACAUGUAAUCCAUUGUCUUGUGUUCAUCUUAUCUAAUAAUCUGACACAAAGGAACAGAAAAGUCAAACUGGUGUGAAAAGUUUUAAACCGAGAAAACAGGCCACAUAAAUUAUUAACUGCUCUCCUGUUGAUGUUAGUGAGUCAAUGUCUCAAUAUUUUAUUUUGUCGAUGCUUUCACCCAAGAUAUCAUUUAGUAAUUAUCCUUACUCAGUCUGCCAUAUAAUUCUUUUUAUGUUAGUUUUGGAGGAUUUUGUUUUGGAUCAACUAAUAAUCCCCUAAUUAUUAUUUUUUCUUUAUUCUCAACACUGUCUGUUUGAUAUUGUAUUGAUAUAGUAAGGAGAAAUUCUGUCUUGGUCACUCGUGGGAGAAAGGGUAAAAUUAUAAUAUUUUCAUUCUUCUGGAGUUAUUUUAAUCUGAAAGAUAUACCUAUUAAUUGGCGAAUAUUACAUCGGAAGCACGACACGAUUCCUACAUGAUCGAACAAAAGAACACUUGACCAACGACAACUCGUCGGUAAAAAAACAUCUCACAACACACCAUCGCAACAACAGCCAUAACAUUCAAGUCAAAAUAAUCACUGAACUUAACGAUCUUCUAUUUUAAUGAUUUAUUUUAAUGAGCUAUUUUAAUUAACAGUUUUAACACAUAUUUUAGAAUAUUUUAUCACGCCAUUAGUUUUCAUGCGUCCUACUGGCUAGUUUUACACUAUGCUAAUUUACAGUGGCACCUCCAAUGUUUAAAACCAUAGCGCAAAUAUUUUAUCGUCCUCCCUGAUGAUGCCGUAGAACGGCGAAAGCUCGGAGUUAAUAAAGAAAGAACCACAGUAGCACUUAAAGGCUUCAUUUGAUCAAUAUCCCACACAAUUAAUUUUUGUUUGGGUAUAAAUUAACCCAAUGAAAACUCAAAUAUUCUGCUUCAAAUUUUUGUAUAUUCUUCAGGAUGAUAAUUAUGUGCCUGUCAUGAAAGACUCCAAUGUUGAUGUAAAAGCCUUGAGUAAUGCUUACAAGGAAAAGAAAAAGAUACGCGAUGACUCAAAUGUGGUCAAGAUUGGUAAGAAACAGAAGUUGUUUUUAAAUUUGUUGAAACAUAUAACAAUUACUUGUAGUUUGGAUUCUACAUAUUAAGUUUCAAAGUAAGGAUAUAGAGUGUUGCCUGCGGUGUGCAAAUGUAGUUUCUGGUUUGUAUCAUUUUAAGACCUCCAGAAAUUGCACAGUUGAUGAUGCAUGCACAAUCAAGGUGAUUGGGUUCUCCAAAAAGUAUGCGGAAGUGUGCAUGUUUUAUGUAGGUCAUAAAGGAGGAUUUUUAAUUGCAAAUUGUUUCUCUAAAUCUAACCAUAUGAUCUACAUUUAACCUGAUUUUUUAAUGUUAUUAAUUGUACAUCUUCAACAUUGAUCUUCAGAGGAUGUGUCAUCAAAAUCUGAAAUAUGAGCUGAUAACUGAGAACCAAUCAGAACACUAGAGAUGCAAAAUCCUUAGUGACAAUUUAAUAAAAUACUUUUGUCCUUAUACAUGUAUGUUGUUGUUUUUUUCUUUUCCAGUGGAGGAGUGGAGAUCCAAGUGGUUUCUAGAACGUCGUUGGCAAAAAUGUGGGACAGAUGAGCUGAUCAAGGCUAUGAAUGACAUUAAUGACCAUGUCAGACUGGCAGCAGUGUCGGCAUGCAGUAAGGCCGCUGAGCUGCGACAGAUCAAAAAGGACAAGCACCAUCUAGGUAAGCAUAUCUUACAUGUAUGUGUAGCUGUCCCAACCCCUGUGUGGAAAUUUUAGAUGUGUUGUCUCACAGGGAUGCUGUAAUAACCAGCAUCUACUGCUACACCUUUACCAAGUACAAAAAUCUAAGAAUAUUAUAUUUUUUUUAGUGUUCUGAUGGUUUUGAUAGCCCUCAAAAUCUGUAAAAUCAAUUAGAAAACCACUUUUAAAUGCCAAAGGAAACAUACAAGUCCAGUUCAACUAAAAUCCCAAGUCCACUUUUUUUCGUAAGUGCGAAAAAACAUAUAACGUCAUUAAAAUUUUAAAAAUUUGGAUUAACCCACUUGAACCAACCAACCAGUUUGAACUAAAAAAAUGAAACAAGGUUCGUAAUUGCGUGUACCAGGGUGUAAGUGCCAACUAAGUUCUUUCAAAGUUUUUUAUCAAUUACAUAAAUGCAGAAAGGUUGCAACAUUUAGACUUGUGCAAAAUAACACAUACUACAAAUUGGGAAGGAGAAUCUUAGGAAUGAUAUAAAAUAAUGUUUAUUUCAUUGAUAUAUUUUCUCUUCUUUAUUGUGUAGGGAUUGUUCUGGACAAGUCAAAGACACCAAGCCCACCGUUGGAAGCAGUGUUGGAACCUGAACUCAUAGAGACUAUCACAAAGCUGUUAGACGACAGAAACUCGCAAGUCAAGGUUGCUGCUUCUAUUACACUGUAUUCACUGAACAGACCCAGUGACAAGGUAAAUACCCUUUACCUAUAAACAAUGAAUGAUUACCCUUGGGUUGGAGAGGCAUCAGAUCUUGAUUAAAUAAUACAUGUGAUUCUUGACAAGAUAAAAGAUGGUGUCAUUAUAAAUACAGACAUUGCUCACUCUUGAGAGAUACAUGCACCCAUAGGAUAAAAAUUUUAUCCAUGCGCAGCGGUGUAGUAUUCUCUAUUUCACUUUAGAGGGUACAGCUUUUUACCUGCACCAGCUGCCCGGCAGAUUACCCGCACCACAUCGGUACUAUGCAGUCAAUGUUAUGGCGUGAUUGAAACGUCUGCUGUUGAUAGGGUCUGAUAAUUUAAUAUAAGAACCCUGUGGUUGUUGUCAAUUUACCUACAUUUGUAUGAGGAUCAUUUUGUUAUUCAUUGAAAUCUUAUAAAUCACUUAUCAGGCUAAAUCCAUUCUUCUAUGGGCCAUGGAGCAUGGAGGCCCCCCUGAAAAGUGGGCAGCGACACAGUGCUUAGCGCUGAGUGGAGUAAUCACAGAUAAAAUCAUUGUUGAACUUGUAAAUCACCUGCAUGCUGAUAACGCUGUGAGAACAGAAAAGGCAGGAACUUUGUUAGCAAAGCUGAGUCAGCAGUCGGUGAGUUUUCAGAGUAUAAUUGGUGUAAAGACGUUUAGUUAUGAAACUUCAAAUUCUGUUGGAUAAAUUUUGUGUUUUCUGUAAGUCAUUAAAAUGUUAUGAAGAAGGAGUACCUAUUUUAAUAAUAAAUCUGGUAGAGCUGAAAAGAGUACUGUAUGUGCUAUUCAGCUUAAAGAUAAGCGAUCUAAAACUUCCGAGUAAAACGCAUAUAGUACGUGUAUUAGACUAAACUGUGGGUCCUGUGACUAUUCAUAUAUUUACUCGCGUAUACGUGAGAGAGAAAUUGUAACUUAACCAUUUCAUUUGAUAAAAACUAUAAACUGGAUACAUAUUGCUUUGUUCUUCGAACAACCUUUGAAGUAAAUAACAUGUAGAUCUUUUUUUUUUCUUUCCUUUUUGAAGGAUGUUGUUCAGUCAUUAAUUGCGGAAUUGCUAAACAGCAAUAGCUGGAAAGACCGUGUAACAGCUUGUGCUGUUAUUCCGAAACUAAAGGGAGGAGUUAAUAAGGUUUGCUGUGCUUAAAUUAGUUGAUCUACAAACUUAUGGUUUCUUAUAGCGGUUUAUAGAUUUAAAAUUUCUGAUGUUAGUGGAAAACUCAGAAACUAUGAACACCACAAAUAUUUUUGGGAUUGUGAUUUUGUUUCUAGGGAAGCGCUAAUCACGCAAACAGGAGAACGCGAGCGCCAAGGGUAAUUUGUUUGUGGUUCAGGUUCGCUUGCGUUUCAUGACCUUUUAUAGUAUUUAGUAGAUACACAAAUGGUCUGUCAAAAUCAAAGCAAAGUGUUCACGUUUUUCUGAGUUGUCAUCAAGUACAUGUGCUUUGAUGAGUAGCUCUCUAGGAAACAUUCACGGCUGAUGCACAUGCAUAUAAUUAAUAUAUGUAGUGCGUUUGUGUGCGUUUUUCGGUCAACGUAUAUCUGAGCGGUACUGUAGAUGCCAUCAGGAAUCUGCAAACUCAAGAAGAAAGUUGUUAUAGUCUAUUACUAGAAGUCUGUAAAUUUUAGCCUCAUUUUCGAGAAGUUGUAUUUUGGGCAUUACGUUCCUUGGUAUGCUUACUUGUUGUUUGUCUUGAGCUUAAUUUGUAGGAAAACGGAUGAUAUUCGGACAUUUCCUGCUCCUACAAAAUUAACCGCGGCAUGAAUAAAGCAAAAUGUACCAUGAAGACACCCUGUAAUUAGUAGCUGCCUGUUCAGGGUGUCAUUCAGAUUAAUUUCCUUUGUUAAACGGAACAUAAAAUCAUUGCUACUGUAAUUUCGUUGGUAGGAUAUGACUCAGAAGCUGUCUUAUCUGAUGUGGAAUGACUGGAACAAAGAUGUUCGCUCAGCCGCUGCACAGGCUCUCGGGAGAACUGGAAAUGGCAAGGUAUACGUAAUGUAAGCUUUGCAUGAUGUUUGGAGGUGGCCGAGCGAUUUGAAACAUAGGACGAGGACAGAAAUCCAGCCAAGCGCAUACCCCGCUAACUUUAGUUUUCCAAAACCGUCUUAGCGUAGUUCAUGGGCACGAAAAAAGUUCUCUGUAAUCGCAACACUUUCCAUUGUGUCCGUAAUCGAUUUGUUUUAAAGAGUACAUGUACGUGUAAAUGGACUGUUGGUAAAAAGACGUCAUUCAAGAUAUCAUUUCGCCAAGCGCGUUCCUAAUGAGACGAUUUCUCAGGAGAUCCCAAGAAUAUCACGUGAUAAUUUGUCAAGACAUUGAUUGUUUUAUUCUACGAUGGCCCUGAAUCUUCUUGUGGCUAUACUUAUCCGUUGUCCCCCUAAAAUGCCAACGCUGUAUGAUUGAGAGAGAUCACCUUAUGAUACUUCCAAGACCUGCAGUAUCUGAAAUCAACUCACGAGAGGCAAUGUCGAACAGACAAUAGACCCAGUUUGAGAUUUCCAUGAAGGAAUGCGUGUUUGAAACUAACUGUUUCUAAUUUUCUGAUUUAUUUUGUAAUGCGUGUUUGAAACUAACUGUUUCUAAUUUUCUGAUUUAUUUUGUAAUGCAGGCAAAGAGUAUUUUUCCCAUAUCUUUGAGCCCAUGAUGUCGAAACAUAAGUUGCUUUGAACAAGAAUGGGCUUUGAAUUAUCGUUUGAGAUAGUUCUCUCGUUAACUUUUCUGGAAAGUUGGUUUCCACUGCGUUUCGUUGGAGGCACGACUCAGAAUGUUAUUUUUCAUUUGGAGCUGAUAAAAUCUAUAACUGUUUUCCUUUUUGCACAACAGCUUGUCCAUGAUGCACUGCGUGAAAGAAUACUCACCGGAAACGAGCGGAUUAAAGUGGACGCUUUGAAAAAGGUAGCAUUUGUUUGGAUUGUUGAUAACAGCGGCAUUUAAUCGAAUUAAUCUGUGUAAUUCCAAGCAAAAUUUAUCUUUUACCUGGUAAAUUUAUUUCACUUUGACUCUAGUUGUUACUGGUAUUAGUGUUAAGGGCAAAUCAAAAGCAAUCCUAGACUACUUUCAACGCUCAAUUGAAAAUUGCUCGAAAACCAAUCGCGACUUGCUCAUUUGCGUGUCACAUUUGCUUACUUUUAGUUUUCAUAAGCUUCUUCAGAUACUUCUCUAUAUUCUGACAGUUGUGUACACCCUGUACUUUGGUUUUUGUUUCACUUCUCACGAUUAAAAAAGGCUUUAUUUGCGUGUUCCAUUACAUGUUGUGUUAUUUCUCUCGCAGUUGUCGAACCUCGGCAUAAUGACGGCCCGUCUUUUGCCAGCCUUACAGGAGUGCUUUAAGAGUGAAUAUGUAUCUGUUAGAAUCGAAGCUGCUAUGGUAUGUGAUACGUGAGAGACUUAAAUUUCCCUAAUUGAGGCUGUAGGGUACUUUAUCUCUCUGCAAAUGUUCUAGGUUGUUUUCUUUAACGUGUCAGCUUUAUGAAAAAAAAAAACCUAUUUGUAGAGUCAGAUUUAUGGAGACGACUUGCAAUGAAAAUUAACAUGAGCAGCUGUGGAAGACAAGCCAUCUCGUGGAUUUGCUACUGAUGAAAAUCCAGUUUUUUCUCCAGCUGCAGGUUUUAAGGGAAUACCUAGUGAGGCCAGUUUUGUGUCAUUUGACUUGAUGGGCACAAUACUAGUAGAAAGAAUGAGAGUGUAGUGUUCACGUUAAAAUUAAUAGUCACAUGUUAUCCUUCUUGGUUCCUUGAUUUGUUUGAGUUUAUUGCGAUGUAACUCGGUUUCGAUUAUCCUGAGCAAGAACGCCCUAACUUUCAUUGUACAUGUACACCUUUAGUAGAUCUCUUAAGAUUCUCCUGGUACUCAAGUUUCGUAGUGAACUUGCUAUGUGACUGUAAAGUUGUAUGUGUCAUUGGAUCUUUUGCUCUUCAGGCCGCCGGUAAGCUGAAUAUCACAGAUAAGGGUGUACUAAGUUCACUGCUUCGUUUGGCGAGUGACGACAAUAGCUGGAAAGUCAAAGCACAUACAAUAAAAGGUGAGAAAUCAGACCCCAGUUGUUCGAAGGCUGAAUAACGCUAUCUACUACUUAAAUCGCUAUCUGGAAUAGCGCAGCACGUUUUGUUAACACUUCCGUAUCCGUUGGAUAGCGUUAUCUUCCCUUUUAUCCAAGAUCUCGAAUUUAAGAACUUCCAGCAAGAGUGUAAAGUGGUUCACAAACUCUCGUAUCCUAUUGCUUGGCGAGAUUUUUUUGCCUUUUGCUCAGCAGGUUCCUAAAGAGUAUAGAUCAUUGGUGAUUCAAACACUUACUCCUUACAAUAUCAAUACCAUAUUAAGCGGACAGGCGAUGAGGAAAAAGAAAAGUAUCAAUAAGGGGAUUAUUACUUGAUCCAAUAACGAAUUCUCCAAAUAAACAUCGUGUGAAUUGUAUGGCAUUCAGCAAGGAGAAUUACCCAUUAGAUCUUGGGAGUGAAGGGUCAGUUAGAAUCGGUCGUUGCAUCCUCUUUAUUUUCAGUACAUAGAAUGAGAUCCAUUUUUUUCAAACUUCAGUCCUCGUAAUUUCUUUUUGUCAAUGGUUAUUUUUGUUUGGGUUUAUCAGUGAGUACGAGAGAAUGUUUUUAUAAGUAAUAUUUUAUUAUGACACGGCAAGGUAACAUAAAUUACAGGUGUAAACGCCUCUGACAAUGAGCUCUUAAUUUCAUUGUGUGAACCUUAGACAUCUUAACGUCAGUAUGCACAUUCUCUAUGCUGUUCUCUAUGCAUUUUCUAAGGUGCUGAAAAGGAGAAUUUGUUCAACAAUCAAAAGCUUCUUUAGCUGGCGAUUAUUUCUUUCAUUCUCGUGACCUUAAUGUAUGAAUCAGGGGCGUAAUGUAGGGAGAAAUUAGAUGCUAGUUACUCUUAGGGGUCAAUUGGUUGAAGUGAAGGUAGGCUUAUGUGUGUCUUAGAGGGCUUGAGACAGUCCGAACUCACAGUCUUGCCCUUGCCUUUCUUUGGUCGGAUCAAUAUCAGUAUCUGGGCAACUGCCCACCUACCCCUCCCCUAACCCAACAUUAACCUCAACUUGUUGUCCAUUGACUGUUGUUGAGUUAGGGGAGGGAUAGUGGGUAGUUGCCCAGAUACUGAUAUUGAUCCCUUUUGUCUUAGCCUUGGGGUCUAUUGGAGUGGUCGAUGAAAAGCUUAUCGAGGUUCUGUUGUGGGCCAUUCGUUAUGAGAAGGUUGCCGCUGUACGCGCCGAGGCCUGUAACGCUGUAGCAGUGCUGGGCUUGAGAGAUGAGCGGUUGCUUAACAUCCUUCAAGAUCGCCUUGUUGUUGAGACCGAAGAAAUUGUAAAGAGGUGAGAAAGUGUUUGUGAUCUGCGCUGGAUUAUAAAUGUUAAACCCAGACAGUUACUUGUAGUAACCGCCAAACGGAAGUGUUUUUACUGCACCUAUAUCUUAGAGUAAAUCUACUGAAAAGGACAAUAAUAAGAAAAAACACUCUAUGGAAAUGCCGCACAUAAGAUAAAAAUAGGGAAUUACAUCUUAUCUUGAUGCUUACUGCUUGGAUUUGCUCUGAUUUUGAGAGACUCUGCUUGAAGAUUCAGUUUCUUUGUCCAUAAAAUGUUUUUGAGCGGCAAAGCUGGUAGAUGGCACUCCUCAUCAAAUGAAAACCUUUUUGCGUUACGAUUUGCAACAGUUUUAUUUGUUUGUUUUAUUUUAUUUGUAUGUGUAUUUGUCCUUGUGAAGGAAACUCGUUUUAAGACUGCUAAUAUCUGGAUGAGUGCUACUAGAGAAAUUCUGACUCUUGUACGCAACACGAGGUCCACAAUUGGGGUUUUGUGCGAUCCUUAUACUCAGAGAAAAUCUCAGGCAUUCAGAUUUUAAAAUUCCUGUUAUCUUCCUUAUUUUCAGAGAGGCGAUCAUCACAUUGGAAUCAUUGGGUGUGGAACCAACUGGAGACCUAGAAAUGGUGGAAGCCAUCAGAAAAGAGGUCAGGCGAUUAUGUCGCAAAGACGCCAUUGUCGCGCACAUUUUACACGAAGAUCACUCAGCUGAAUACACUAGCGACUACAAACGUUUGUUCACCACUGACAAUGUAGAAGGACUUCCCACGUGUGUAGCGUCACGCGCCACGAAACAAGGUUCACGAGCGGUGUCACGGGCGACCAGCGAUUCCUCGCGAGGAUGGGAUCCAAUACUAGCUGGUUAUCAAGCGCGAGAGAGAAUGUCCCGAGCACCAACCCCUGGUGAUCUAGUCAUGAGGCGCUCAUUUUUGCCGUUGGACUUAAACAGUACAUCAUCUGAGAACAGCGUGGACAUGAACUUGGAGACAUGGGACGAGUUGUCCGAGAGUUCUCUGGACGAAGGGGAGUCUGGAAGCGAGACAGACCAGGAUGAAGUGCGAGAGGAAGACACUGAUAUAAAAAACGAGAGAGAUUUUCAAAUCGAGAAGGGGAUUCAAUCGGUCGACGGAGGUGCUACCAUCGCUAGUGUCACUUCACCGUCGAAGGUCGAAUUUUCGGAUGAUCGAGGAGUUGAAAGUGCUUUGCCUUCGGCUCCACAGGAUGGAAAUGGCGACCAAGAUGGCGACACUUUUUUUGAGCUCGAAUCAAAUAAGGACGAUCCCGAACUUCUUAACCUUGCCGACGAAAUCAGUGAACAUAACGUUACUUCGUCAAAUGAGUACCGAUCUGAAGGAGGCAUAGAAUCUAAUACAGGUCCUGUACCGUCCCGGGGCUGA